GAUGUCUACAGACAGCUCCUCCACCCCGAGCGGCGUGCUCACAGAGAGGGGAUCCGGCAAAGUGAAGGAGGAGGGUCCCUCCAUGCGGACGACGGUGGCGGUGAAGGUGGAGCGCCAGGAUGACGGUUACGACGUGGGAGAGGCAGAGGCGAUGGCGGCGCUGGGUGGCGACGGUGGCCUCCCGGUGAAGGAGGAGGAGGUGAUGGGGGAGGUGGUGAAGGAGGAGGAGGUGGUGAAGGAGGAGGAGGUGGUGAAGGAGGAGGUGAUGGGGGAGGAGGAGGUGGUGAAGGAGGAGGUGAAGGAGGAGGUGAUGGGGGAGGAGGAGGUGGUGGAGGAGCAGCAGCAGAGGCCUGCGGAGGUGGUAGUGGAGUUGGAGGACACGAGGAAAGGCGCCGGCAAGGGCCGCCACGCUUGCCCCGACUGCGGCCGCCGCUUCGGCAGCCGUUCGAACCUCGCCAAGCACCGGCGUUCGCACGGCGACCGGCGUUCGUUCCGGUGCGGCGGCGGCGGCGACGGCGACGCCACCGCGACACCUCGCCGCUGAGCUCAUCGACACGGAGCGACGUGAAGCAUCGUCGCGUUAUCGGCGGCAGCGGCUUGUGGCGAAGCCUUCGGACAAAGACGGCAUCGUCGCGCGGCGCUUUUCAGAUUGCGCUGCUUUUGCGGCCGUCUGGAACGCGCUCUUCCUUCCGAUGUGAGGAAGCCAUUGGGAGCUGUGCACUCUAGAGUCUUCACCUGGAUUGACAAACUCAUCUCUUCAGCACUUGUUGUCGUGUUUAGUUUGUUGACACCCACAUAGACCCACAGAGACCCACAGAGACUCACAGAGACACACAGAGACCCAUAGAGACCCAUAGAGACCCAUAGAGACCCACAGAGACCCACAGAGACCCACAGAGACACACAGAGACACACAGAGACCCAUAGAGACCCACAGAGACCUACAUAGACCCACAGAGACUCACAGAGACACACAGAGACACACAGAGACACACAGAGACACACAGAGACCCACAGAGACCCAUAGAGACCCACAGAGACACACAGAGACACACAGAUUAGCAAGGUUGGCUACGUACGGCGGUGCGAAAGCAGCUCAACGGACAUCUUGAAAUUCACAGCCACAGCCACAGCAGCAAGGAGAUCCUAGAUUUGAAGCUUUCGUGACUGCAAGGAUUCAUACUCUUAGUUCUUUCGGUAAAGUCACGUAGGUAAA